CCGGGUUGGGGUCCAGUUGAGGUUGGGGUCCCCUGCCGGGUUGGGGUCCAGUUGAGGUUGGGGUCCCUUCCGGGUUGGGGUCCAGUUGAGGUUGGGGUCCCCCUGCCGGGUUGGGGUCCAGUUGAGGUUGGGGUCCCCUGCCGGGUUGGGGUCCAGUUGAGGUUGGGGUCCCCUGCCGGGUUGGGGUCCAGUUGAGGUUGGGGUCCCCUUCCAGGUUGGGGUCCAGUUGAGGUUGGGGUCCCUUCCGGGUUGGGGUCCAGUUGAGGUUGGGGUCCCCUUCCAGGUUGGGGUCCAGUUGAGGUUGGGGUCCCUUCCGGGUUGGGGUCCAGUUGAGGUUGGGGUCCCCUUCCAGGUUGGGGUCCAGUUGAGGUUGGGGUCCCCUUCCAGGUUGGGGUCCAGUUGAGGUUGGGGUCUCCUUCCGGGUGCGGGCAGCAUGGAGGAGGCGCCCCUGCUGGGCGCGCUGGCGGCCGAGGCGGAGCUGGGCCCCGAGCUGUUCUCCGACGGCGCGUUCAAGGCGGACGACGCGCUGCAGGUGCUGCGGGACGCCUACCUGGGGGAGCCCGAGCCCCGCCGCGCCCCCGCCGCCGCCGCCGCCGCCGCGCUGGGGGAGCUGGACGCCGCGCCCGCCUACAGCGUGCACUUCCUGUCGUCGCUGCUCGGGCCCGGCCUGCACCGCGGCCCCGCCGGCCCGGUCCCCGUGCCCGUGUCGGUGCCCGUGUCCGUGUCCGGCCCCGCGGGACCCGCCGUGCUGCCCCUGGGCGCCUGGGCGCGUGACACCGCCCACGCGGGGCUCCGCGUCAUCCCAGUGGAACUAAAAGAAGCAGGUGGUACAAGUGUCAGUGCAGAGGAAGCCACUUUCCAGAACUCUCUUGCCCAGGAAUCUUGUUGCAAGUACCCACCGUCACAGGAAGUAGAGGACGCUUCCGGUUGCUCUUAUAAGAAAGACUCGAACCCCAUGCUCGACAGCGGAGGCCUGCCUGUGGCCGUCAACGGGCCUGCGUUCCCCCCGGCGCCAGCUCUCCCGGGACCAGCGAGGAUAACCCUGGCCGGGUACUGCGACUGCUUCGCCAGCGGAGACUUCUGCGACAACUUGCAGCAUGAGAUCGAGCGGUUCAAGGCCAUGAAGGCCAAGACCGUGUGCCCGUCUCUCUGCAAGUGCGCCGGCUGCAGGAACUGCGCGGCGAGCCCGGAGCGGAAAACGCUGAUGAACGUGACCAACUACGUGGGGGUCGGGGACUUCGAAGGCGGCCGGUCCGUGUCGCCGCCCAAGUCUGCAGGGCCGCCAAAGUUCAGGAAAGACAGAGCCUCCUGCAUCUCCUGGGAGGUGGUGGAGGCCGCCUGCGCCUGCCUGCUGGCCCAGGGCGAGGAGGCCGAGCGGGAGCGCUGCCCCCCCAGCCUGGCGGAGCACCGGGUCCUGGAGGAGUUCGGCCGCUGCCUGUCGCAGAUCCUGCACAUCGAGUUCAAGUCCAGGGGGCUGAAGGUGGAGUAGCGUGGCAGCUGCGGGCCGGACCUGGCCCGGGGGCCCCGAGAGCAGGCCUGGGGGCAGGCGCCGGGAGUGCCCUGCUGCCCGCUGGCACCGCACCACCCUCAGAAGUGGCCCGGGCCCGCCCCACACGGUGACCGUCUCUGGGGACGAGUGGCCCCGAGUGGCGGGACUGUCUCCGAGGCCACCGCCAGGCCUGUGAGCUCUGGGCCGACCUGUGCUGGAAUGGUGGGAAGGCUCUAGACCCAGUGAAUUAAUGAAUUCUGCGUGACGACC